AUGUUCAAGAAGAAGAAAAAACCACAGAUAGCGAUUUCUGCCCCAUCGAACUUUCAGCAUCGGGUCCACACAGGUUUUGACUGGGAGAAUGGGGAGUUUUUCGGUUUGCCACCUCAGUGGGCCAGCAUUAUUGAUGCAAACAAGGGCAGGAGGCAGCCAAUUGUGGAUCCCUCAACGAUAACUCCAACUGAUGUGGAGCCCCUGAAGACAAUCAUCAGAGGUCAGCAUAAUGGCUACCCACAUGAGAUCACUAUUGCAAGGUCAAAUUCUCUACGUCGCUCAAGCCCUCCAGUUUACAAGCACCACAUUCCAGAAAAUAAUUAUCCAUCAGUACCAGAAGAUGCUGUCAUGCCACAAAUGCCACGCCUGGAGUACGACCAGCAUCGACAGCAAGACUCUCCUCCUCCCAGACAGCACUCGCAUAAUCAACGAGCAUUUCAGCAGGUGCCUUAUGGGGAUCAGAGACAACCUGGCUAUCCCCAACCUCCAGAAGUGUCUGGCAUCAGACAUCAGACCAGUAUUCAACAGUCGCGGCCAGAUUCACAUGAGAGACAUAACAACAUAAGUAGAAGUAAUUUUAACCCAGAAACUGUGGAUGGGAGACCAGGGUAUCAUGAUAGUGAUUCCAGGAAUAACAGUUCUUAUGAUGGUCAUUCCAGAAGUGAAGGAUCAUUUGAGUACGAUGCACAUGGACGUCCACGAAGGAAGCAUCAUGAUGACAGUUCUUAUCCUCAUGGAACCAGAGAUCACCGCCAUCAAACGACCAAUGGGAGCGGAUCAUCUUCGUUACCCCGCCAGCAAAACAUUCCUGUCGUCUCUCGUGUUCAUUCAGAUAGCACAGGUGGGUCUUGGUCUUUAGCCGGGACACAGCAUGAAAGGCAUUCAGAUAGCACAGGUGGGUCUCGGUCUUUAGCCGGGACACAGCAUGAAAGGUUGCCUCCAGAUCACCAGCAUGGAGGAGCGCAUUCCUUGCCUCGACAGCCCUUGCCUCGGCAGUCCUCAACAUCUAGUGGUGGUAGCUCCGGCGUCAAGCAGUCCUCACCUGCCAGCUCAUCUUCCGGUCAUACUCACCAACAGGGGAUGGGAGCAGAGCAACAACGGCUGUCACAUGAUGAGUUCCGUCGCACAUUGCAGUAUGUUGUAAAUCCUGGAGAUCCUCGCCAGUUUCUAGGCAACUUUAUUAAAAUUGGCGAGGGCUCCACUGGUGUUGUGUGUACAGCAUUUGAUCAAUCAAAAGGCAGGCAGAUAGCGGUGAAGAAAAUGGAUCUGCGUAAACAGCAGCGCCGAGAACUACUUUUUAAUGAGGUGGUUGUGAUGAGAGACUACUGUCAUCCCAACAUUGUUGAGAUGUACAACAGCUACCUGGUCAAUGAUGAGCUCUGGGUGGUCAUGGAGUACAUGGAAGGUGGCGCCCUCACGGAUGUUGUCACCCACACCAGGAUGGAUGAGGUUCAGAUUGCUACUGUGUGUAGAGCCUGCCUGAAAGCCCUGGCCUUUUUACAUUCACAUGGAGUCAUACACAGGGACAUCAAGUCUGACUCUAUUCUCUUGUCAUACGAUGGGAAGGUGAAAUUGUCAGACUUUGGGUUCUGUGCACAAGUAACACCAGAUUUGCCGAAGAGGAAAUCACUUGUUGGGACCCCAUACUGGAUGGCACCAGAGGUUAUCUCAAGGUUACCGUAUGGUCCAGAGGUUGAUAUUUGGUCACUGGGCGUCAUGGUGAUCGAAAUGGUUGACAGAGAGCCUCCAUUCUUCAACGAACCACCGCUGCAAGCCAUGAGACACAUCCGGGACAUGCCUCCACCCAAGCUCAAGAACCCACACAAGGUGUCACCACGACUGCAGGGUUUCCUCGACCGUAUGUUGAUACGCAAUAACGAACAACGAGCCAGUGCAGCGGAACUCAUGUUGCACCAGUUCCUCAGACAAGCAGGUCCACCAUCUUGCCUUAUUCCACUGCUGAAUACCAAACACAGCCCUUGUUGA